AUGGCUCCGGAGCCCGAAGACGAUAUCAUGGUCGAAAAGAAUCCGCGGCCGCUCGACGAGGGCGACAUCGCCCUCAUCAAGACCUACGGGCUGGGGCCAUACUCGAUCAUCAUCAAGAAGAUCGAGAAGGAGAUGGAGUUGGCAAAGAUGACCUUUGUCGGAUGCAUCAAGGAGUCGGAUACUGGACUGGCUCCACCAAGCCAAUGGGAUCUCGUGUCAGACAAGCAGAUGAUGCAGGAGGAGCAACCGUUGCAGGUUGCAAGAUGCACAAAAAUCAUCAGUCCUAAUACUGAUGAUGCCAAAUAUGUCACAACUUUGAAACAAAUCGCAAAGUUUGUGGUAGGAUUGGGAGACAAAGUGUCACCAACUGAUAUUGAAGAAGGCAUGCGAGUUGGAGUUGAUCGGAACAAGUACCAGAUUCAAAUUCCUUUGCCACCCAAAAUCGAUCCAAGCGUUACAAUGAUGACAGUUGAAGAAAAACCUGAUGUAACAUACAACGAUGUUGGUGGCUGCAAGGAACAGAUUGAGAAGAUGCGUGAAGUUGUUGAGCUUCCCAUGCUUCACCCUGAAAUGUUCGUCAAGCUUGGUAUUGAUCCUCCCAAGGGAGUCCUCUGCUACGGUCCUCCUGGAACUGGGAAGACCCUUCUUGCCAGAGCAGUCGCCAACCGCACGGACGCCUGCUUCAUCCGAGUGAUAGGCAGCGAGCUGGUUCAGAAGUAUGUCGGCGAGGGUGCGCGCAUGGUCCGUGAACUCUUCCAGAUGGCCCGAUCAAAGAAGGCGUGCAUAGUCUUCUUCGACGAGGUUGAUGCCAUUGGCGGCGCUCGAUUCGAUGAGGUCCAGCGCACUAUGCUCAAGAUUGUGAACCAGCUCGAUGGGUUUGACGCUCGGGGCAACAUCAAGGUGCUCAUGGCCACCAACAGGCCGGAUAAGCUGGACCCUGCCCUGCUGCGCCCAGGGAGGCUGGAUAGGAAGGUUGAGUUCGGCUUGCCGGAUCUCGAGGUCCGCACCCAGAUCUUCAAGAUCCACACCCGCGCCAUGAACUGCGCUUCGAGCUUCUUGCUCGCCUCUGCCCCAACUCCACCGGUGAGUAUUUUUUUUCUGGAGUCCUCAAUUCUCAUUGCCAUGCCUGUUUCCAUUGAAUGGAGUGUGUGCACGGAGACCGGCAUGUACGCCAUCCGCGCGCGCAGAAAGACGGUGACGGAGAAAGAUUUCCUGGAUGCCGUGAACAAGGUGAUAAAGGGGUACCAAAAGUUCAGUGCGACGCCGAAAUAUAUGGUGUACAACUAG